AUGGGCACUGAGAUUGCCGCGGUGGAGGAGACGUUCAAGCGACUGCAGUCACACAAGGGUGUUCUGGGUGUUCUGGUGCUCAACGCCGACGGCAUAUCUAUCCGCUCCACGUUUGACAACGACACCACAGUACAGUACGCGGCGCUGGUGUCACAGUUCACAGUCAAGGCGCGCGGUGCGGUGCGGCAGCUCGACCCUGACAAUGAGCUGCGUUUCUUGCGCAUCCGUAGCAAGAAGCACGAGAUCAUGAUUGCACCUGAAUUUGAGAAGAGCCGCGAGUACUACCUCGUCGUGGUGCAGGACCCGGCGGCAGAGUGA